AGGCGGGAGUUCGGGACCGGCGCCUUCUCCUUGCUUCUCGGGGUCGUGGCCUUGCUCCCGCCGUGCAAGGGAAGAGUUCGGGCGUGUCCACGCGCGUCUGUGCGCGUGGGGCCUGAAGUGCUCGUGCGUCCAGCUAGGUCUCUGUGGGGGCAGAAGCAGGAGCCAUGGGCGGGACCUCCAGCACCCGCCGGGUCACCUUCGAGGCGGACGAGAAUGAGAACAUCACCGUGGUGAAGGGCAUCCGGCUUUCAGAAAAUGUGAUUGAUCGUAUGAAGGAAACCUCCCCAUCUGGUUCGAAGUCUCAGCGGUAUUCUGGCGCUUAUGGUGCCUCAGUUUCUGAUGAAGAAUUGAAAAGAAGAGUGGCUGAGGAGCUGGCGUUGGAGCAAGCCAAGAAAGAGUCUGAAAAUCAGAAACGACUUAAGCAAAGCAAAGAACUGGACCGAGAGAGGGCUUUUGCCAAUGAGCAGUUAACCAGAGCUAUUCUUCGAGAAAGGAUAUCAAGUGAAGAAGAACGAGCCAAGGCAAAGCACCUGGCUAAGCAGCUGGAAGAGAAAGAUCGAGUGAUAAAGAAGCAGGAUGCAUUCUACAAAGAGCAGCUGGCUAGACUGGAGGAGAGGAGCUCAGAAUUCUACAAAGUCACCACCGAACAAUAUCAGAAAGCAGCUGAAGAGGUGGAAGCAAAGUUCAAGCGGUAUGAGUUUCAUCCUGUCUGUGCUGAUCUGCAAGCCAAAAUUCUUCAGUGUUACCGCCAGAACACCCAGCAGACCCUCAGCUGCUCUGAUCUGGCCAACCAGUACAUGCGCUGUGUCAAUCAGGCCAAACAGAGCAUGCUUGAGAAGGGAGGAUAAACUCAACUUUUAGAACAAGCAAAACUCCUCAACGUUAAUUCCAGAGGCAGAACAUUUUUUUUUUUUCCUAGUGAGAAAGUAACCCAUUUAAAGAGAAGACGAUUAAAGAGAAGCACCAGAGAGCAGAUUCAGCCGAAGCACAUCCCAGUUUGAGUAGCUGCAGUGUGAAAAGCCGAGGCCUAGAUCAGGUAUCUGCCAGCAAGGACACUGCAGUGUUAGUCAACCCAUUUAUGACCAUUAAAAGAGAAAGGCACCCCCUCCACCUUUUUAACUUUCUGUUCUUACCAGGCUCCAUGGUUUGGUGAACGUUCACCAAACAAAGCUGGGGUCUGGGAUGGUGGGGGGUAGAAGGGGGGACAAAGGUAAUUAGAGUGGGGAGGUGGGAGAGGCACCAAACCUCCCUCUCCGCCCAGCGGUGCUGGGUAGAAUUGUCUAGGCUGUGGCACGUUGUUUCUCUCUUGUUCCUUUCUCCCCUUACUAUAUAAGAGCUACUUCACUUUAACUUAUUAUAGUGAUCAUGUAAGUAAGACAAAAAGGAGAGAAAAAUGUACCUCUUUUACUGGAAUGAUGUUUAUGAUUACAAGUGAAAUAAGGCAUUUUUUAUCCUCAUAAAGGCAACCUUGGCUUAUACAACCUCUUCUCGAUCAUGAAUACUGACAUCUUUACUUCACUCACUAUCAAUAAUAAAUAUAUUUUCCGACGAAGACUGGCAUUGUA